AUGGGCGAGCCGCCGCGGGACGUGCGGGCCUUCCCGCGCGAGCACCGGAGCCUGCGCCCGGAGCCCCGCAGGUGCUCUGCGACGGGCCCCGAGCUGCCCUGCCGCCUGUCCGAGCUCCAGGUCUACACCCGCGGCAAGAAGUACCGGCGGCUGGCCCGCGCCUCCCCCGCCUUCGACUACGCGGAGUUCGAGCCGCACAUAGUGCCCAGCACGAAGAAUCCGCACCAGCUGUUGUGCAAACUCACCCUGCGGCACAUCCGCAUCCCGGAGCACGUGCUGGGGCACACCCAGGGCCGGCGGUACCAGGGGGCUCUGCAGAAAUACGAGUGUCAGAAGCAGGGUGUGGAGUACGUGCCCGCCUGCCUCCUGCACAAAAGGAGGAGGAGGGAGGACCAGCGGGAUGGGGGCGGGCCGCCUCGCCCUAGAGAAGCCUUCUGGGAACCCGCGUCCAGUGAUGAUGGCGCAGCCCCAAGUGACACUGACGACAGCAUGACAGACCUGUACCCACCCGAGCUGUUUACCAAAAAGGACCUGGCAGGGACUGAGCACGGGGACAGCACCAAUGACUUUCAGACGCAUAAUGAGGAUGAGACGCCAAGGUGCCUGAGAGAGAAGGGCCUUGGAGACAGAGCAGAGGGGGAAGUGGACCGGGAACUGGUCCUCAAGCGCGGGAAGAAGCAGUCCAGCUCAUUGAAAAAGAAGUUCAAGAGUCCUCACCGCAAACCUAAGCGCUUCAGCUCUUUCAAACAGUCGGGUUAA